AUGGUGCACCAACACCCCGUAGUGUCCUCUAGCUCACCUCUCCACGGACAGAGACGCCGACAUCGACGAAGGGGCGUCGUAACGCUCGCUGGGCCUCCUCGCAUUCAAGAUGGGAGCCCCCUGUACGCCAAACUGCCUCCAGAACUCCGUUUCGAAAUAUUCGAGACCGUGUUCGAAUCGACGUUCGACAUGAGCAAGGCGUAUCCCUUCAACAGCUACUACGCUCGUCCCGGGUAUAUCGCGCCUAAAAAGACGGACCUCGACGUUCUGCUGACCUGCAGGAUGGUUUACCUAGAGGCGAAAGACUUGGUGUGGAAAGAAUCGUCUGGGAAUACCGAGCUAGCGUUCUGGUGGGGCACGAAGGACAGAAGUCCUCCUCAGUGCUUCGAACCUAAACGCAAUUGGAAAUGUAGGAAGAAGGCCAGCGAUGCCGACAUUCGGGCAGAGAACCAAAACCACCCCUACCAAUCUCUGCGCACCAAAGCUCUGAAACCGCACCAAUGGUCGAAAAUCACAACCAUCCACAUAUUCUCUCACAUAUCCGCCUGCGACGCGGUCACCUUUGCACGCUUCUUCCGCCAAUGCCCCUCCCUCCAACCCCACACAGUCAAGCUCACCAUCCGGUACACCGAUUGGUGGUGGUGGGAGAUCGACAGCGACCUCGACGUCACCCAACUCCAUCCCAACCCCGUCCUCCCCGACUUCAAAGAUCCCGGGAAGUGGGACGACAUCUUUUCGGACCAAUGGAAGUCGCUGUUCCAUUUACCCCGCAGUUGUCGCGCGCUCUUCCUCGAACUCGAGACGAUCGAGAGUAAGAAGGAUCACCUUUCAGUCCAGGUUGAACGCAUCCUAAGUGAUCCAAAUCCGUGGAGGUGGAAGUUGCAAGGGGGGAAAUGGCUGGAAGCCGAUAGGGCGGGGAUCGUUGAGGACCGGGAGUGGAUGGGGCCGACUACGUUUGGAGAGGAGGGGAAAGGAUACCGCCAUCAUCCCGAAGGCGACACAAUGAGAUAUGUGUCGAAGACGCUGGUCUUUCGACCACCUGUACGGUAG